AUGAUGGACAAGCACGAGGUCAGCUCGGUCGACCUAACAGACGACGAUAUGAGUCUGAUGAGUGCAACCGAGGAUAUGGGCCUGUUGUCACAGCGCACUCACCGCCGCUCGUCCUCAUUCGAUAGCUUCGUCAUCUACACCAAGUCCUUUGCGCACAAUAUGCAGGAUCCCGACUUUGUCAAGAACGCCGUGGGCAUUGCCGUGCUCGUCGUUCUGUGGCAUUCCUUUUCCAUGUCCAUUUCUAUUUACAAUAAAUGGAUGUUCUCCGGCGAAACCAUCUCUUUUCCAUUUCCGCUGUUCAUGACCUGUAUCCACCAGGUGGUGCAGUUUGGCCUCUCCGCACUCUUCCUCUACGUGAUUCCAUCUCUCCGACCCCGUCGCACGACGCUGCCGCCGUCUGCUGUGCUCCCUGGGGGUGACCCACAUGUCGAAAUGAGUCUGACCCGAUUCUACCUAACACACCUGAUCCCCUGCGGUGUUGCAACUGCGCUGGACAUUGGACUCGGGAAUAUGUCUCUCCGCUUCUCGACUCUGACCUUUAUGACGGUCUGCAAAUCCUCCGUCCUCAUCUUUAUCCUUCUCUUCGCCUUCCUCUUCCGCCUGGAGAAACUCUCUGCUCGCCUUAUCGUGAUCAUCGUCGUCAUGACCAUUGGUGAAGUGAUGAUGGUCAUAGGCGAGGUUUCCUUUAGCAUGACCGGAUUCAGCCUGGUCACGGCAUCAGCAUUUUUCUCUGGAUUCCGCUGGGCUAUGACCCAGGUGCUCAUCCUGAAACACCCAGCGACCUCAAACCCGAUUUCCAUGCUCUUUUUCCUGAGUCCCGUUGUGUGCGCCACCCUGAUUCCGAUUUCUCUGUCCAUCGAGGAUCCAACAGCGAUUAAGCAUAGUCUUUACGCGCUAUCACACACCUGGGGCGGUGCCAGGGGCCUGACGCUGCUGCUACUUCCCGGUGUGUUGGCGUUUUGUAUGCUGCUUGCGCAGUUUGCACUUCUUAAGCGGUCAUCCGUCGUCACGCUAAGCGUGUGCGGUAUCCUAAAGGAGGUGUUUAUUAUUAGUGCGGCCGGCCUGGUCUUUGGAGACCAGUUGACACCGGUCAAUAUCUGCGGGGUCCUGGUGAUCGUCGCCAGUGUCGCUGCAUACAACUACACGAAACUAACCCAGACAGAGCGGUUAGUGGGAGUGAAGACGUUUAACGAAAAGUAUUCAUGA